GCUCAGUCACAUUCUCCGCUGUGACCUCGGAGGACAUGGGCUAAAUUCAACCAGGUGCACUAGCAUGAAUUACUGGACUAAAUCGCCGAUUCUUCGGUCCCAUGCCAUCAGUAAGCAGGCGUGGGAAUUAAUCAACGAGAGCAGUCCGAAGUUGCCAUCCGUCUAGCGGCUAACGUGCCGCUGACUGGAGUCGGCAACAUGGCAAACGUUAAAGUGGCGAUUCGAGUACGUCCACUGAAUUCCAGGGAAAGCGUGGAUGGAGGACCAACCGCAGUACAAGUGGAGGACAAGGUGGUGAGGAUCAAGAAUAUGAAGGCGCUCUCCCUGCAGCUGGAGGGGCGUGCUGACUCGCGGGAGCGUCUGAUGGAGUUUGGCUUUGAUUACUGUUACUGGUCUGUGGACCCCGAGGGGCCCAACUAUGCAUCCCAGGAGGAGGUGUUUCAGGACCUGGGUGUGUCAGUGCUGUCCGGAGCAUCAGAAGGCUAUAAUGUGUGUCUGUUUGCGUAUGGCCAGACGGGAUCAGGGAAGACCUACACCAUGAUUGGCACCCCUGACUCCAUGGGACUGACUCCAAGGAUUUGUCAGGGACUUUUCAGGUCUGGAGAGGAUUCUCCAGAUGAACAGAGCUCUUGUCGUGUGGAAGUAAGUUUCCUGGAGAUCUAUAAUGAGCGCGUGCGGGACCUGUUGAGGGGUGUUGACCAGAAGAAGCCGGCCGGGCUGAGAGUGAGGGAGCAUCCAGAGACGGGCCCAUAUGUACAGGGUUUGUCCCAGCAUCAAGUCACCGACUACAAGCAGACCCUGGAUCUGCUGGAGAGAGGCAUUGGCAACCGCAUCACCGCGGCAACUCACGUCCAUGAUGCCAGCAGCCGGUCGCACGCCAUCUUCACCAUCCAGUACACGCAGGCUACUCUAGAGAAUAACCUCCCCUCCGAAAUUGUGAGCAAGAUCAACCUUGUGGAUUUGGCUGGCAGUGAGAGAGCCGACCCACACUACUGCAGGGAUCGCAUCACCGAGGGAGCCAACAUCAACAAGUCUCUGGUUACCCUGGGCAUUGUCAUCUCUGCCCUGGCCCAGAACUCGCAGAUGUUCAGCAGCUGUCAGAGCAUUAACAGCGUGGCCAGUGAGGGGGAGGGCAGCCUUGGCGGCAGCCUGUCCAGCUCCCUGUCAGCGUGCAGCGGCCGCAGGCACUGCUACAUCCCCUACAGGGACUCCGUCCUCACCUGGCUGCUCAAGGACAGCCUGGGGGGCAACUCCAAAACCAUCAUGAUAGCCACGGUUUCCCCCUCCUGCAGCAGCUACAACGAGACCCUCAGCACCUUGCGCUAUGCAGCCCAUGCAAGGAACAUCGUCAACAAACCCAGAGUCAAUGAGGAUGCCAAUGUAAGGCUGAUCAGGGAACUGCGGGAGGAGAUAGACCGUCUGAAGAGCAUGCUGCUCAACUUUGGAAUGAGGAACCCCAGCCCCUCCCUGAGUGAUGAGAGAGAGGGGAGCCUGUCUGACAUUGUGCUUCAGAACGAGCUCAAGGUUGACCAGCUGACAAAGGACUGGUCGGAGAGCUGGACUCACAAGCGGGAGCUGCUGGAGCAGUACAGUGUGGACAUCAACCGUGACCGCGCCGGCUUCCUGGUCCACUCCCUGGUGCCGCACCUCAUCGCGCUGGACCGGGACGUCCUGAGUACCGGAGUCACUUUCUACCACCUCAGGGAAGGGUUAACCAGAAUUGGACCUCAAGGGAAUGGUCAGGAGGAACCUCAAAUAGUCCUGCUUGGUGGCGCUAGCUGUGAGAUUGAGAAUCAGUGUGGGGUCGUAACCUUGAGGCCUCUACCAGGCCAGGUGUGCAUAGUGAAUGGGCGAGAGGUGACAGAGCCGUGCAGACUAGCACAAGGUGCAGUGAUAAGCCUGGGCCAGUAUAAAUUUCGGUUCAACCAUCCAGCAGAGGCUGCUCUCCUGAGAGAGCGGAGACAGACCAGUGAGGGUGCCCUACACGACAGCCUAUCUGCACUCUGCUCUCUCAGUGCUGAUCCGAGCGUGGAGGGAGCUGGUUGCCCGGGUGACACACCUCCUCCCUGGCGGCGUGUGGAGGAGCAGCAGCGCUUUGUGGACCUCCUACGUGAGGAAAUCCAGGUGGAGCAGAGGAAAGCAGAGCGGGACCUGGAGAUGGAGCAGGCCCACCUCAGACAGCAGCAGUCGGAGAUUCAGCAGUGGGUCCUGAAGCAGAAGCAGCGGCUAGCAGCCAUAGAGCAGAAGGUCACAAAGGAGUUGGGGGUGCAGACCGACCUACUGACCCCUCCCAUGAUGGAUCUGGGGUCUUUGAGGUCUGAGGACCAAGACCAGGAGGGCAGUCGACCCCCAUCUGUGGUUGGAGAUUGCAAGCAGGUGGUGCAGGAGGAGCUGCUCCGACAUCAUGCGUUACGCCGAGCAGAAAACCGAAUGAGACGCAAGCGGCUGCACUACCAGCUGCAGAGGAUCGCGCGCAAGCGCCACCUGCUGGAGGCCAAGAGGGAGCUGCAGCGUCUGGUGAACAGCGUACCACCAGGUCAAGACGGCCCCUCAUCUCCUGAAUCAGACUCGGGUUCAAGGCGGCAGCCCCUACUUCUACGAAGGCAUUCUUUUUCUGCUGAUCUGUUGUCACGUCUCUAUCCCCAACACACACCCAUCUUCAGUCAAUUCCUGAGGAGGAACAAAUCAUCAGAGUUCAUGUCACUUUAUCAGUGGUCUACUGGUCUAGGAAGACACUCCUCUGAUGAAUACUUUCAAGAUCAGCCAAUGAGAGGGCGCUCUCAUACACUACCCUCAGGUUAUGGGAGAGGGAGCAGAAGCAGGGCCAGUUCCUCUGAGAACCUGAAAACGCCCCUGAGGGAGAGGAAUACCCCUGAGCCCGGCAGUGGAAAGUCGUCUGGCUAUAAAGCUGGGCCAUCCAGACGCGGUUCCCUGCCUAGGAGUAGGUCAAAUAGUCAAAGUAAAUCCUCAGAGGACACGACUCCAGAUACAAAUUCUAAGGCCACAAAGAAACAUGUGCCUAUAAUUGGCAAAGCAAGUCUACAAAAGAACUCUACAAAAGGAGUGAAAAAUGGCUCUCAUGGAGGCAGUAAGGGUUUAGAGACGAUUCGGAAGGUUUUCUCACGUUCGGUGGGCCCUGGCAUCAAAACUGCACUCGCAAGGGUCUUCCGCAAGCCUCCCUUAGGCCUGCGAACAGGCAGGGGUGCCAAGCCUCUCAAAGCCCCAGGGAAACUGACUGUGAAACCAGGCAAAGAAAAAGAUACUUUAGACAAUACAGAAAAACAAGGGCAAGGACUCAUGAAGGCAACGGUGUCUUUAGACAACCUGGAGCAAACAACAGCAGCGACUCCAAAAGAAGACACAAGCCAGAGGCGCUGGCACAGUGCCGAGGCCCUGUCCCCUCAGACGAUGAGGUGGGAGGGGAGACAGCAGGACCUAGCGCACUGGAUCGAGAACCUCCAGGAAGAGGAAGGAAACCCUUCAGACUGUGACAGCCUCUUCUCGAUGGACUCCCUGUCCUCCGCUUACGCUGCAGCCCUGGCAGACCAGCUCAGGCAGGAGGAGUUGGAGAGGGAGCACAGUGAGACAGAGAGUGUAGGCAGUGGAAUGUCUGAGGACUCACUAGUCAUGGACAGCAGUGUAAACCACACAACUGUAAGACCUGCUGUGAGACAUCAGCAGGUACCACGCCAUCUUUCGCUCUAUAGUAAUGCUUCUCAGGCAGUGGGAAAGGAAAGAAUCACUGAGGACGGUCAACAACAAAGGAAAGAGGAAGAGGUGGUUAUGGAAGCAUCAGAUGAAAUGCCCGCAGAGGUUUACUGGAGCUUGUGUGGAUCUCCAAAAGUCAAAGCACGAACUGUAUCUGUAGGCACACCAGGGACUGACCAUGAGAGACAGUCUAUUACAGGCCUCGUUUGUGGAGAUAAAGUUGUAUCAAAGAUGAGUGAAGAACCGUCCAGCUGUCACGUAACACAGCAGAGCACACCUCGUUCCCUCAGCAGCUCCAGUAUCAGAGAGCCUGAGAGCAUGCUGGCUUUAACUGACGCCUGGUCUUCCAUGGAUGCUGCCGAUAGCCCCAGGAUCCCUAGGCCUUCCCCAGGACAUAGAGCUCCCUGUCACCUGCUCAAGGAAAGCGACAGGAGCCUGAGCCCCAGCAGUCCAGAUCUGUCUGACCACAUGAGUGAGUCUGAGUGCCAGAGCUCAUUUUCUGCUGAAUCCACAGAAGGUGAGAACACAGUGCUACAAGCAGAGAGGUAUUGGGAGUCUGAUAGAAGUGCUGAAGAGCCAGCAAGUUGCUUUUUAAGAACUUCAUCUGAAGUGGUGCUAAGCUCAGGAAACACCCUAACUCUGGCCAGUGAGGAGAUGGUCAGUGAAAGUGCUGAACUAAGAACUUUGACUGAAGUGGUGGUGCUAAGCUCAGGAAACACCCUGACUCUAGCCAGUGAGGAAAUGGUCAGUGCAUCUGAUGAACUGAUGAACUCUCAAAAUGAUGAAGUAGAACUGAGACACAUUCAGGCAGAGGAGGUUUUGGUAGAAGAGACACAGCUGAUGGACCCACAUGUACCUGGUGCUAUUGAUCAGAUGAUCUGGUCCAAAAAGACCCUGUCAAUGGCAGUCAGUGUUCCAAACGGAGUAGACACAGUUGACAGGGAGUACAUGUCUGCCACUAAACAGUCAAAAUCAAUGGAUCUCACCUCAAAUUCAGUGAAUGCAGCUGUUGGUCAUUUAGGGGAGUCAGUUACAGAAUGUCCAGUAAGUACUGCUCGCGCAAACUCCCAAGGUAGUGCAAGAACAACAUUAGGAAAUGUGGCAGAAGACAUUAAAAAACACGAGGCUAAAGAAUCCGUCCAUAUAGUCAAUAGUAUGUCCCUUGAUUCCUGUGAUGUUGAACAUCAUGUUCAUGAUAAGCCUCAGGCAGGUUUGACUCUUAAAAGCACUUUAAAAGGAAUACAUGAUCAGUGCCUACCAGUGAAUUCCAGUCAUUAUCUCCAACCUACAGCAUCUGGAAGUCUUAUAGCUUUCGAUCUAAUCGAGCAGAGCUUGUUCGAUGUACCCAAAGCACAAAUUCAUCUUACCAAAGUGGAUGUUAUCGGAUCUUCUGGUGGGGGUAGUGGGGAAAGCACUGAGAGCAUCAUUGCUCAUGCUGUGGAAGGCUACAUUGAAACAACAUGUAAAGAAAUCCCUGCAUACAUCAAAGAUUUUCCUGUGAGCAUCAAAGCACAGCAAGCAAAAGAUGUGCUUGAUAACUUCAGGCAUGUUACCCAUUGCACUGCAGCUGAAACCGUCCAGAAUCAAGAGUCAGAGCCUCACGAUAUCACAUGUAGGAAGUCAAGAAAAAGGAUCAAAGAUGGCCAAUAUGCAUUUACUAGCACUUUAAAAUUCCCCAAAAGAUGUCAUUCUUCCCCAGAAAAACCCAUACAUGUGACUCCAGAUAAGACUGACAAAGGCUUGAAAGAUAGUUACAACAAUGAACUUAAUCAAUCUUUCACUUCUAAAGAAGAAUGUUUUGUGGAGAAGAAGCCAUGCCAUGAAGAAAAGUAUGUUUUCAAACUGAAUACUGCAGAAAAUAAUAUUGAGAAUGAGCUUAAGACUACAGCUCACGCUAAUCCAAGGAGUUUCGGCACAAAUUAUUCUUGCAUUAUUAAUAAAAAAAUAUCAGAAGUAGUGCAAGAACAUCUAGAAAUGUCAGCUGAUAGUGACCAACAGCAUCUAUUCUCUGUUACUAACAGUGGUUCUUCAAAGAGUCUAAAAGAAAUCGGCGUAGAGUGUACACAACAGCAGCACAGCUCAGACACUGUUCAGGAUUACUGUCUUUCAUCCUCUCAAACAGUAUCCCUCUCGCCACAGUGUCUGACGUUAAAUCAAAACGACACGGUCACAAAAGAUGUACCAAGUUGCAGUCACCAGCAAGACUUUGGAUCACUCCAAGUUGUCAAAGACCAAACAGGUUGUGGGAGUAAAGAGGUCAACGCACACAUGGACACAAAGAGUCCAAGGAGCAGUGCUGGACGCACAAGUGAGGAAAGUUUAGACAAAGGCUUGUCUGUAUUACUACAACAGGAUAUCCCAAAGGAAUUGCAAAUGGAUAGCAGUAAGUCGAAACGAGACAUAAUGCUUGCCACAUUAAAAGAAGCUGGGAAAGCAGUUCAGUCAGAUGUAUGUAACCUCAGUGCCAAGCUGGAAAAGGGGACUCUUAGUGCUGGCAGCUCAGUGCAACACACAGAUUCACUGAAAGUAGCAACCACAGAGAAAGACAAGGCCUCUGUCAUGACUGGGCAACUUGGAGUUUCUGAAAGCAUCCCACCUCCCGCUGUUGAAGGUGCAGUCGGAGAAUAUGCCACAUUCACAAAGCAACACACAGAAUCAUUCAAAGUAGCAAACACAGUGAAAGACAACGCCUGUCAUGACUGGACAGCUUGGAGUAUCUGA